AUGGCCACCCAGGAGCUAAACGGCAGAGAAGCAGAAAGCCACGAGAACGCAUCGGAGACGUUGGGCGCAAGCCCGGAGGAGGCCAUGCUGGGCUCCGCGAAUGCUUGUGGCUUUCACCAGUACCAGGGCAACAGCUACAAGGAGCUCUGCUUUUGCAAGCUCACGGGCAACCCGGGCUGUGCGAACAAGAAGUGCACUUGCCCUCAGGGCUGCGGGGGUGAUGUGGUGUGGCAAAGCGCCGGCACAGUGACCUUCAAGAAUAGAGCUCGUGCCGAUGGUUGCCAUCCAUCCACCGUGCUGCUGACUGCGCCAAAGACCUUCAUCGCGACGCCUCGGGAUCUCAAGCAAUGCGGGGGCGCUGCGGUGAGCGUCAUCGAGACCUUGCUGCGGGACAGCUGGAUCCUCUACCAGUCCCGAGUGGGCAAGGGCUCCAUGAACCAGUGCUUCCAUGGCUCGCACACGGCAAGUGUGAAGUACCUCCACCUUCAGUCCUUUUGCUCCUAUGCCUCCUUCCAUGCCAUGCCAAACAACAACCACGCGGUGGGCGCCUGCGUGAAGAUGCACAGCCUGAAUGAGGCCGGCCACUUGGCGAGGCAGCUCUUCAACAUGAUGCAGUGA